CAUUCAUCUCACAUCUAGAAGUGAAUGCUCUCUGCCACAAGUGAGUUAUGUAACAAGAAAAGAGGGUAAAGAAAACACUACACAGGUCAGCAAAACAUUGGAGCCAGAGAAGCCGGACAGAAAACCAGCAUCAAUCAGAAUAUCCUUAGAUCAAGACCAGGAUGGAUGCACCCAUUCGACCAGAGUUGGUCGAUUUCCAUGGAAUCUCAAUGACCAAAAUUUUCACGGAAAACUGGGAGAACAUUCAAAACUUUCAGGCCAGGCCAGAUGAUAUACUUAUUGCGACAUAUGCCAAAGCAGGGACCACAUGGGUCUCCCAAAUCCUUGACCUGCUGUAUUUUGGUCAGACGGAGCGUCACAAAACCCUCCCUAUCUAUGAGAGAGUGCCUUUCUUAGAGCUUCACAUCCCAUCUUACAUGUCAGGAACAGAGCAGGCAGACAAUCUCCCCACCUCCCCUCGACUGAUUAAAACUCAUUUGCCAUACCAGUUAGUGCCAAAGUCCUUCUGGGAGCAAAACUGCCGGGUUGUCUACGUAGCCCGCAACGCAAAAGACAACAUGGUGUCUUAUUACCACUUUAAUCGCAUGAACCAGGGUCAGCCAGCGGCUGGAGACUGGAACAGCUUCUUCCAGAAAUUCAUGGAAGGAAAGAUGGUGUUUGGACCCUGGUACGACCAUGUGAAUGGCUGGUGGAAGAAGAAGCAGACUUAUCCAAAAAUUCAUUACAUGUUCUAUGAAGACAUGAUUGAGGACACUGGACGGGAAAUAGACAAACUCUGCUCUUUUCUUGGUUUGUCCCCUUCAGCUGAAGAGAAGAGAAUGGUAGUAGGUGGAACGCAGUUUGAUAACAUGAAAAAGAAUGAGAUGGCCAACUAUUCCACAAUCCCAAUGAUGGAUUUCAAAAUUUCUCCCUUCAUGAGAAAAGGGAAGGUUGGUGACUGGAAGAACCACUUCACUGUGGCCCAGAAUGAAGAGUUUGAUGAAGACUACAAGCAAAAGAUGAAGGAUCCCACACUUCAGUUCCGUACUACAAUCUGAACAGGACCAGACACACUGUGUGUAUGUAAAGACGGAUCCAAGACUGACCAGAUGUGGUACUGCUAGAGAGUAGUAGAGGUGUUCAGGGAUUUUACUUUUUUUGUGAUUUUAUAUAAAUUAAAACCAGAAACUGUAUAUUAUGAAGCACCAAAAAAUCUAAGUGAAUGUAUCUUCCAAAACAGAGAAUUCAUGUGCAGUAAACUAAUUGUACAAUUACACAAUAAACCAAAAAAGCUGUAUGACUGUAAAUUGUGUUGCCACUGAUACUUUGAGUUGAAAAUAACUUUCGUAUAAGAGCUGAAUUAAAAAUGAUUCAAUUAUAACCAUAUUUCUUAUAUAUAGUAUUUGCAAUAAAACAAGAGCUAAUUUCUGUUGUUCAUAUUGUUUUCUUCUGUGUGUAGGACAUUUUAAAAAAAGUAAAGUGAUUUUUGUACUUGAUUCAGUCGCUCUUGCCAUCUCUGAGUGGAAGAUGAUCAUGCAUAUAUGAGAAUUUGUGAUGUACUAUUUGUUUAAGGAGUCAAAUAAAAGCAAGUGGAGCAAAUCAAAGCUGUUAAAACAAAA